AUGGGACACAUCGACUUCUGCACUCAGUGCCGCGGACUGUUUCAGCAGCCCCGCCGUAAGCGAUCGAAUCCCGAGGAAGGAUGGGAUGUAUGGCCAAUACUUGGAGAUGGUUGGAAACGCAAAGAAGUUAUCCGGCGCUCAGGUUCUAGCAUUGGACAGAAGGAUGUAUAUUACAUAAGUCCGCAAGGUGAACGAGUGAGAAGCCGCGUAGAGCUGACGUCAGUGUUGGAGGGAGUCGACCUGUCAACCUUUGAAUACAAGUCAGGAAGGUUUGUCGCAGGCGGAGUCCCCCCCACGAGAGUCCGCAUCAGAGCGAAGAGGAAGAUCCCGGAGAGUUCAUCCUCAGAGUCCAGCUUUGUGGAGAGAGGGGAGGGGGCCGACACCCCCGACUCUCUCCACAGACUCACCCCAAACCUGGCGCCCAAAACCGUCCCACCCCAACCGACCCUUUGGUUGGCACAGGGCACAGUAGUAAUACCAGCACAAGAAUAUGUAUAUCCACCGGCGGAAAAGGAAAUUAAACUUCCCCUUCCCUCAUCAUCCAGAGCACUCCCCCUCCCCUCUAUAAACGGAGAAAUCGGCUCAGAGGAAAACACACUGAUUUGUUCCAGAUGCGGUAUUUCCUUCACAGGCACGUGGUAUGAUAAGCAAAGGAAGAGACCCUGCUGUCCCGCCUGCUGGGCCGCCUCCAAGACAAAAGUGCAUCCGAUGGUUCGAUUCAGAAAGUGGAUUCCAUGCGGGCAGUGUGUGGGAUGCCUCAACACGGUCAACUGUGGGCACUGUGCCAACUGCAAGAAUGGACUGCAGAGCCCAGAGUCGCGGAAACGCUUAUGCCGGGGACGCAAAUGUAUUUGUCCUAUUCGCAAGAGCCCUGGAAGUGGGGGCUUCGUGCCGCAGCAGCCGUACAACGAAAUUCCCGAUGCCUUUGAAGAGUGCUUGAGUUUUCAGAGUGAAGUCACGGAGUCGCAGCACCUGAGUCUGAAGAGCAGCGACACAGAGAACUUCUCCGUCAACGUGGACAUCGAUGAUGACGAUGACAUGUCAACUGACGAUGAUGAUGAUUGGCAUAAGAAGCGGAAGCGACGGUCCUGUGGAGACUGUAAAGCCUGUCAGUGCAGAAAAGACUGCGGCACGUGUGAUUUCUGUGCCGACAAACCAAAGUUCGGAGGCAGCAACAAGAAGAGGCAGAAGUGUCGACUACGCCAGUGUCAAAGACAGGCGAUGAGACACUUGCUGCCGUACCAGAGGGGACAAAAAGACCCCGGGCCAGAAAACUUAUGGUUGCCGGGCAGACCUCGAACUUACAACACAUACAGCCGAAAGUCAUGUCUAAAGAAAGGCAAAGGACCAUCGGGCUUAGACUUCAGUGACAACGAAGACGAAGACAAUAACUUGCAAGCAAUUAACUGGAACCCUGAUAUGAUCGGUGCGGACAGUCUCUCCUAUGAACUGAAUGUGAGAAACCACCAAUCAUCUAUGCAGUCAAAUCAUUUGGACUUCGAGCUGAACGGACUCCCUGACAGAGUUCCUCACACCAGCAACGACAGCAACAACAACUCUGAACUGGUAUGUUGUUUUUAGUGACGAUGCAUUUCCUCCUCUCCACCAGGCCAAACACA